UUUAAAUGUUCUAAGUCCUAAUUGUUGAUUUUUUUAUCGUGAUCGUGAUUGUUGAACUGUUGGGCUUUUACAACAAUUAUAAUAUCAUUAUAAUCAAUCGAUAAUCUAUCACUAGUAUUACUUCGUUUCCAUUUUGAUAUUAUUUAUUUAAGUUGUCAUCGUCCGGUGAAUGGUUCUAUACCCGAUCAUGUCGUCAAACCGUCCGUCAACAAUUGAAAGACUUUUGACAGCUUUAAACUGUAUGUUGGUCGAUGGUUUUGCAAUACAGGACAAAACGUUGAUAGAAAAACUUUUGAUAAGUCUGCAAGACGCUGACGCUUUGUUGAAAACAGUACCGAUCAACACUCACUGCAAAUGGUUUGCCAGUGUUUUGAACAUGUAUCAGCAUCAAACUUCACUGUCCAGAAAUGCUUCAAUACAUCUUUACGCUUUUGCUCUCAAGUACUUGGCUAUACUAGUGAAACAUGAAGAUGGCUUAGUCGCACUCAUUGAGACUGGUACUCUUCAAUCAAUGAUUAAUCACCUAGACAUUGGGUCUGAUCUCAAAGAGUCUUCAAUUUUUAACGCCUACAUGUCGUUAUUGCAAACAUUGAAUACUCAUAAACGAGGUCUUGAAUAUGUUUUCCAAGAAGGUUUAUGGAAAGUUAUACUUUUUACUAUUCAUGGAUUAAUUGUACCAGCAAAAUAUGUUGAAAUUCAAUCUAGUCAAUAUAUUUCUGAUUUAAUUUAUAAAUCAUUUGACUAUGAAAUGGCACAUUGUUGUGAACCUCUUCUUAAAGAGUUAUUUUAUAACUUACAUUUAACUGAUAAUUUAAUUGUCAAUCAUAAAAAUAUAAAAGCAUUUUCUGCUUAUAAUGUUUAUGUAAAAACGUUAAUUUUAUCUUUAGAAAAAUUCAUUGGAACUAAAUAUGAAUCCAAUGUUGUCCAAAAUAUAAUUAAUAAAUAUUCUUUAUCACAUGUAUUAGUGAAUAUGCAAAGUUUGUUAGAUGUAAAUGAUAUCCUAUUAAAAAAUUAUAUGACAUUACAUUUGAUAUUUGAUUGUUUUACUGUUUGGCAUCAUUCUGACAUGGAAUAUAUAUUAAAAUCGAUUUUUUCUUUAAUGAAUUUGCCAAAAAAUAUACAUUCAUAUAAACAAAUUAACAAUUUAUAUACACAAGCAAUUAGAUAUGCAAAUAUCAAAAAUGUACAUUUAGCAGCUAACACAAUAUUUGAAAAGGAAUUAAUUAUUGGUCAGUUAAUACCAUUAAAUAAAUGUACUGACUGGCUUCAAUAUUCUAAGUAUGGUAAUUUAAAAUAUGAUAGAAGUUGUAUUAAUGAAUCAAAAUACAUUUUAAAUUAUUGCAAUAAUUAUGAUUUUAUGAUAAAUGAAGUGGCUAUUUCUUCUAUACUCAAUAUUGUGGACAUUGUUCAUAUACUUAAACAGGUGUCAUUGGAUUACUUGCUCAAUUUUUUUUCAACAUUAACAGAACAUUUUUUGAAUUCUGAUAAUUGGUUAGAACAAAAUCAAGACCGAGAUUCAAUUUAUCAAAAAUUUUUAGAAAUAUUAUCAUAUAUAUUUUUAUGUUGGGCUAAAGUAAUAGAGUGUAAAUUAUUUACUGAAGUUGCUACACAAGAACCAUUAUUAGUGCCACUUGUGCAGAGUCAUAGUCAAUUUUUUCACAAAUCUUCUCAUAAUUCUACUCUUUUACAGAACGGUUUAAAAUUAAUUAGUACUGCACUAAAUAAAAUAAGCAAAGAAAAUAUACAAUGUAUAGAUCAUUUGGCAGAUUUUAGUACACUGUGUACUACACUCAAUAAUUUACUAUUGGAUACCAGACCAGAAAUCCGAGAUAGUUGUUUACAGUGUAUUAGAAGUAUAGUUAGUGCUUCUAAAUACAGUUCUGGGAAUUUUUUUAUCAAACUCAUCUUAGAGAAAAAUAUGCCAAUAGCUGUUAUAAACACUCUUAAACAUGACAAUGAUCCAUUUGUAAGAUCUAAAGCUCUUGAAUGUUUAGAAGAAAUGGUUUCUGUGUCAGAUAUUUGGGAAACAUCUUUAAAAGAUUCAGAUUUAAUAACGCAUUGUUUAAACUUAAUGCAAUGUGAAUCUGAAGGUAUCAUCAGACGACAAAUAGUAAAACUCAUCACUGCAUUGUUCGUGUAUAAUAAGCUUGGUGAUAAUCUAUUUAAUGAAAUAUGCACUGUAAUGGUACACAUUAGCACCAAAGAUCCACUUUGGGAAGUAAAAACGUUUACUUAUGAAUUUUGGAAUUCUAUUAUUCAUACAUUUAUUGGUGAAUCUUGUAAACAAAAUAAUACUGUAAGACUAAAUGACAGUCUUGUUAAAUUAAGUGCAACAGGCUGUUUACAUGUUCUUUAUCUUGCAUUAAAAGAAGAACACGAUUUGGUAGUACAAAAAAAAGCCAUUUACCUAACAAAAAGAUUGCUUACUUCUAUAAAAUCUAAUAACAAUAUCUGUGAUUUAAAUUUUAAAACAAAAAGUGAACCAGGAAAUUGCCUGCAUAAUAUUAUUGAUGGAAGUAUUGAUAAUAGUUUUAGUUCCAAGCAAAAAAAACCCAGACAAAUUGAUUCAUCUGAUAGAAUUUUAAAUUCUAUUACUACAACUAGUGACUGUGAAUUAUUGCCAAAUCUCAAGUCAUUUAAUUAUAGUAAUAUUUAUCCAAACGAUAUUUGUCUUCGUCAAAAAACUGAUGACUAUCUAAAGAUUGAUGAUUUUUUAAAUUUUACUUACACUUAUGAUUUUAAUGAAUGUGAUGCUAAAACACAAUGGAUUAUAUCUACUAGGUCAGGUUUAGAUUCAAUGUUGAAUGACAUAAUCGAUCAAUCACAAAAUAGCUUCAUUGAAGGAGCUGAUCUUUUAGAUUGUCAUUAAUUAUAUUUUGAAUCAUAUUACUUUAAAUCUAUGUAGUAUAAUAUUGUAUAUUGUGGUUUAAA